CGGUUUUAUAUAAGGCACUGAAGUGCUUUGGAAACCUAACCAGUCCUCUAGUUAUUCUGUUCUUUUCAGUUUCGCUCUGACGCUCGCAACCAUGCAUCUUCUCAUUCUCGCCCUUUGUGUGGCAGGAGCCUUUGCUCAGAUUCCAAUUCGAUGCACGUCCCCGACAGCAUGGGAGGGCCGCUUGUUUGAGGUGAAUCCCUCGAGGAGAUUCGAACGAUUUGCACGCAUCGCCUACGAUGCCAGCAAUGAGCGUGUUGCCAUUCGCGAAGAAGUCAUUGAGGGAGAGACCCGCGAGUUUUACGAGGAGAUCUUCAUUCACCGUGCGGAAGUCGGCUAUCGCAUCAACGGCCGUACUCGCCAAUGCGAGAAAUUUGCCCUGAAGGAGCCCUUCCGCUACAUCCAGGUGCCCGAGAACGCCACGUCCUACGGAGAGGCGUACGUCGGCAGCUCAUCCGUUGCCGGCGCUGGCACUCUGGUGAACCUCUGGGGCGGUGAGACCGAGCGAGGCCGCUACAGUGGCUCGUGGACCUCAGUUGGCUGCGUUCCAGUCACGGAUUCGUACGUCUCCUCCACAACUGGAUUUAUCCACUGGACGUUCUAUGACGUCACCCUCGGAAUCAGCGACCCGAAUGUCUUCAUUCCACCAUCAAACUGCCCUUGAACAUGUGGAAUACUAGUGGUGAUACACUAAAACAAUUGUUUAUCUAUCUCUCCCCUGCUCCAUUGCUGUUCUGCACGUUUGUUUUUAUCGCGUCUCAAUUGAUACCCUGAUCACGUUGUCAACAUCACACUGCUACCCAGUCCAUACCCCUCACGUUCACCACACCUCUUUGCAUUAUCAGUAGUCAUUGGCACCAACUGGCUAUCACAACUCCAGCACAUCCAUACUGACUGUCUUCCCGCAGCACUCUGUUUGCCUGUAGGGAACAAUCCA